AUGUCCUUGCAAGUUAGUUUUCUUGAACUUAUACUUGGCCAGAUGACUCUGCCCGGCUUCCCUUUUGGCAACAAGAAGAUGGGAAACGCCAUAAUAUAUGACGCACGCCUUGUCGAAAGCCUGACGUCUGUCGUAUCUGCGUCACGUUCUUUGGUCGGUUUUCUGUUGGGCAUGACACCUGGCGAAGAGUUUGUCAUCACAAACAUGGCCUGGGUGAUACUGAGCUGCGGAUUGUCUCUUGCGGUCCGGCUCGACGUUCUUGUCAAGGACCCCCGAAUAUCGCCCCUGACGCAUCAACUUGUCCACUUUCUUGACAUUCGACAUUCCCUCCGCCAGAUACUCCUACGGUUGGAGUCAGCUGCUUCGGCCAAUUCGACGGCGGAAACCAAAGACCAAAGCACAUUUCACCAGUUCUUAAAGAGGGCACGAGCCAUUGAGACCUGGCACAAGCAGCAUCUCCAAAUGAUAUCGCCCUCUGGGACUACAGUCUCAAACCAGACUCCGGGUGCAGCAUCAGAAGGGUCAUCUUUAACGACGAUAGGAGUUUCCAACCCAAGCAGUUUUGUUCAGCCAAUGGACUCGGCAAGUGUUAUUGCAGCAGAUACGUCUCUUCUACAGGAGUCGGGUUUCCAUAUUCCAAUAGAAUCCCAAGGUGCGCUGCAAACGCUUGAUUACUCGGUUUUGGAUAUCCUCUUCGACGGGCAAUUCCCUCCAUUUGAUGGGUACAUACGGGGUAUGUAA